AUGCGCUGAUACGUGGCCUUCAUGAGUUCAUCAACACAAUUCCACCGCGACAGUGUGUUUUUUUGCCAGUUACAUCUUCCCCCGUAACCUAGCUAUGUGGUAUUUGAACAUGUGGCUUAGUAAGAGUAUACGAGGAUUUCUCGUAAGGUCUCCGUCGCAGUAGUUGGUUGUAUCUCCACAAUAAGCACGACCAAGCACUUAAGCAAACAUGUAUUUUUUUUAUUUUAUUUGCCAUAGAUGUGUUUUUCGGCGUACAUAGUACAUGAAGUUAUGUAUUUACUUCGUACCGGAUGCCCGUACUACACGUUAGCAGAAAUAUCUGUUAUAAAAUCUUCAUUCGACAUUAUCUUCGGAGUAUAAAUAAAGAAAGGCUGGGCAGUGGAUUUAAAAGUGCUACAGCUUAAGAAUUAACUAGCAUCAGUGUCAUCGGUUCCGGUACGAUGUGUUACGGACGCGUACUAGCGUUGCUAUUGGCGGUGCUAUGUGGACUGCGGGAAACUUCAGCACAGUGCGUUGCCACCGAACCCUACCGUUCGAUCGAUGGAAGCUGCAACAAUCUUCAGAAUCCAACGUGGGGAUCCGCGAACACCAAGUUUAAUCGCUUGAUCCCACCGAAGUACAACGAUGGCAUAUCCUCUCCUCGGUUGGCUCAGGAUGGCAGCGAGCUGCCUAACCCUCGGUUACUGUCGGUGGAGGUGUUCGGCGAGGGUCAGCAGAACAGUCCCCAGUUCACGCUCGCCAACAUGCAGUUCGGACAGAUUGUGGCCCAUGACAUGGCGCUCACACGUGGAGUGAGAGAUCCUGUUACGUGUUGCGCUAAUGGAAAGCUUCAACCGAGCCCGAGUCCCCGUUGCUUCGCUAUUCCAGUCGCAGAAAAUGAUCCCGUGUUCUCCGAACGUGACAUCGAAUGUUUGAAUUUGAUUCGAACAAUAACCACCUGCGAUUUGGCGCCAAUCAACUGUACGCAGGCGGAGCAGAUCAAUAGUGUUACCUCAUUCCUAGAUCUAUCGCUAGUCUACGGUAACACGCAGGCUGAAAGCCUUCAGCUGCGCACACUGACUGGAGGAUUGCUGAAGGUAGAGACUCGCGGUGGUAGUGAUUGGCCUCCAAGACAUCCUAAUGCUAGCACUACAUGCACCUUGCGAACGCCCCUGGAAGCAUGUUACUUGACCGGUGAUAGUAGUCGAUCAAAUCAGAGCCCUCAUCUGGCCCUGCUACAGGUUUCGUUCGUCCGAGAACAUAAUCGUAUCGCGCGUGCCUUGCGCACCCGUUUUACCACGUGGACCGAUGAGAAGCUGUUCCAGGAGGCGCGCCGUAUCAAUAUCGCCGAGUACCAGCACAUCGUUUACAACGAGUGGCUACCGAACUUCCUGGGAUUAUCCUAUAUGCGUUCCGUUGGUUUGAACUUUGCUACUCCAAGCUUCGUAAACGAUUAUGGAACCCAGAUGAACCCAUCCGUGAUCAACGAACACACAACAGCCGCCUUCCGGUUCUUCCAUUCCGCCAUUCAGGGCACUCUCAAAUUAUACGAACAAAGCAGGCAAGUUUACAAGCAAGUCGACAUCAACGAUAACACCAACAACCCGAACAUACUGGAGGAAACGACUGAUCGGUAUGCGGCACUUCUGCGUGGCAUGACCACACAGCCCAUGGGUCGAAACGACGACAGUCUUGAUCCGGCCAUCAAGCACUUCCUGUUCCGAUUUAACAAUCAGUUCGGAACGGAUUUGAAAUCGAUCGACAUUCAGCGGGCACGAGACCAUGGUUUGCCGGGCUACAACGAUUUCGUGCAGUACUGUUUUAAUACGCGUGCCAACACGUGGGCAGAUUAUAAUCAGGCGUUGGUACCAGAGGCCAUCGAGCUGCUAAGCAUCUACUACCGGUCGGUGAACGAUCUGGAUCUGGCGGUAGGAUUGGCAUUCGAGAAGAAAAUAGACGGCACCGAGACGGGCAUCGUGAUGCGCUGUAUCCUGAACGAACAAUUCUCGCGAACACGCCGUGGUGAUCGCUUCUUCUACGAGAACGGUCAAUCAGUGGUGGGUUUAACGUUGGGACAGCUAACGGAGAUCCGUAAGGCAAACAUGGCACGCAUCCUGUGCGAUAGCACGACCAACGUGCAGGAGAUGCAACGCUCUGCGUUCCUUUUGCCCUCCAACACUAAUCCGAUUGUACCCUGCACCAGUCUCCCGACGCCAAAUUUGAACGUAUGGUAAAAGGUAGAUAACAAUGAAUUGGGUAUAUUGUACGAUUGGAUGAAUUUUAAAAUCAAUAAAGCAGAAUCAAAUGAAAUGGGCCUAUUUAUU